GCGAGAAUUACCCCUGUCGCAUGUCAAGUCCUCUCGCUGGCUGCCCAUGAUUACACGAUGGGGUCUAGCAUCCGGAAGAAGAAGGAGAAGAAGAAGGACUUUCAGAGAGCCAAGCUGAAAGUAGGCAAGGCGAAGGAGAAGCCUGCCAGCUUUACCGACACGAGCUUCAAAUCAAAGGCUAUCGUCGUCGCCCAACAGUCUAUAACUGUUGAUGGGCCGAGCCCAGCUGAGCAGUUCAAGCACAACCUGUCUCUGGCCUCAUCCUCGCGCUCGGAGAACCAACGCCGCGAUGCCCUGGCGUUCCUGACUGGACAGCUGGCGGCCAAGCCGCCCAACAACCCCGUGGGCACGGCUGGCGUCCUAGCCCGGCUCCUGCCGCUGAUCUCGGACACGUGCUCAGGCGUCCGCACCCAGCUUCUCAAGUUGUUCCAGACCCUCCCACGAGCUGACGUGGCCCAACAGGCCGAGAAGGUCCUCAUGUACGUGCGCGCCGGCAUGACGCAUCUCUCGGCAGAUGUUCGCAACGACUCGCUUGGCGUCAUGGAGUGGCUACUGGACACCGCGGGCGACGAGGUCGUCUCUUGCGCCGGCGGCUGGAUGAAGACGCUCAACGUCUUUGCCGCCAUGCUCGGCUGGAGCAGCAUCGCGGCCGUUGCUGCUGCUGCCUCUGCGGGCGCCGCCACUUCUUCUGUGUCCAAGACGACGUCGACGACCACAAAGGGUUGGACUUCGGCCCCCAAGUCUACCUUUGGCGCCGCCAAGGGCGGUCAGUCCUAUGCACGCCAACUUCUAGCAUUAGCCAAGUUCCUCGAGAUCGGCCUUCGGCCCGAGGUCGUGUCAACUUCGGCGGGCCCGAGUGCUUACUGGAACGGCUUGUACCGGCUCCCGCGGUGCUCAAACCCCUUCGGGCAUCUCAACCUCUUCGGGGCUCCCAGGGACGCCGAUAGCGAGAUGUACGCCGACCGUGAGGAUCGCCAACGCGUCUUCUCUGCCCGGUGGCAGGUCGUUGUGUCAAAGGGACUUGAGGAGGCCAAGAAGGAGGGAGGCGCUGUUGGCCGAGCGGCCGCCAUACUGGACCUGGCCGUGAAGGACGGCAUGGAGGGCUACGAUAUUGCAUAAUAGCCCGUUUGCGCGAACUAGAGUGUGUUGGAGGGGUGUCGGCUUUGGCUCUUUGCCCCCACUUUCCGCAAUUUUUCUCUGCCGAAUAUCAAAGGCAUGUGUCUCCAAACAGCAUUAUACCUGAACCAGCCAGGUAUGCUACUCCUUCGUCAGUCAGAUAAAGGAAUGCAACUUCCCGUUCACACGCUGCCUUCCAGCUAGCUGUAGAGAUUUCGAGAAGCAUAUGGGUAGCUCGAACAAACAGCCUGAUUGCGUUGUCGUGGGUAACCGCAUGCUGCUCUAUGCGCCUGCAAGAGCCAAUAUCAAAAAAAAAAAACUCAAAAUGGAACCAAGGGUCUGGCCGACCUAUGCUGCCUCAC